UAAUUAUACACCUGUUAUAUAACAAACUAUUUUAUUUGAAAACCAUUUAAUAAGACCACAAAAUUUGAGAUAAAAACUUUUGGCAUUAAAAGUAUAAAUUAUGGUCAAAACACUUGAGCAUAAGGAUGGCUGGCGUCCGUACGGGACGGGUAUGUCGUCGGGAAAUGCUGUCCCGCAUAACAGCGCCGAUAGUCUAACAAAUACAGUGAAAACUAACUCAGCCUUAAAGAAAUUGAUUGACACCAAGAGGUUUGCGCUCCCGAACCAUAGGAAUGUGUUGUCCGGCAAAUUGAUUUAUAUUCUCUGA